AUGCAAUUUUGUUCUCAUGGCAAUGACUUUUCAAUAUGCUCGCGAGCUCCACCAGAGAUGCAUUACCAGUCGUAUAUUGGUAUCCCUGCUCUAUGUGCUGGGAACCUGCCUCUAUGUACAAGUAACAGUACUACGCUGCAAGAAUGCUGUUCGCGCCAAACGCCCGCCCAUGUGGUAUCGUGA